AUGGCUCCAAAGGUUGCUAUCAUCAUUUACUCUUUGUACCACCACGUCGCCACCUUGGCUGAGUCCGUCAAGGCCGGUGUCGAGUCUGCUGGUGGUGUCGCUGACAUCUACCAGGUUCCAGAGACCUUGUCUGCUGAGGUUUUGCAGCAGUUGCACGCUCCAGCCAAGCCAAACUACCCAAUCGCUACCUUGGACACUUUGACCGGUUACGACGCUUUCUUGUUCGGUGUUCCAACCAGAUUCGGUAACUACCCAGCCCAGUGGAAGGCUUUCUGGGACUCCACCGGUGGUUUGUGGGCUUCUGGUGCUUUGCACGGUAAGGCUGCUGGCUUCUUUGUUUCCACCGGUACCCCAGGUGGAGGACAGGAGACCACCAUUGUCAACGCUUUGUCUGUGUUGGUUCACCACGGUAUCAUCUACGUUCCAUUGGGUUACGCCAAGGCUUUCGGUCAGAUCACCAAGUUGGACGAGGUUCACGGUUCUUCUCCAUACGGUGCCGGCUCUUUCGCUGGUCCAGAUGGUUCUAGACAGCCAUCUGCCUUGGAGUUGGAGAUCGCUGAGAUCCAGGGUAUUGAAGCUGCGGGAGGAUCUGCACAGAUCUUUCAGGUUCCAGAGACUUUGCUGGAUGACAUUUUGGCAAAGUUGCACGCUCCUCCAAAGCCAGACUACCCAAUUGCUACAAAUCAGACUUUGGAGGAGUAUGAUAGUUUCGUCUUUGGUGUUCCAACCAGAUACGGUAACUUCCCUGCCCAAUGGAAAGCCUUCUGGGAUGCCACUGGAGGUUUGUGGGCCAAGGGAGCCUUGCAGGGCAAGCUUGCUUCCGUUUUUGUGUCUACUGGCACCCCAGGUGGAGGUCAGGAGACCACAGUGAUCAACACUUUGUCAACAUUGACUCACCAUGGUAUCAUUUUUGUCCCAUUGGGCUACGGAGUGGCUUUCCCACUUUUGACCAACUUAGAUGAGGUUCACGGCUCAUCUCCAUGGGGAGCAGGUACUUUUGCUGGUGCAGACGGAUCUAGACAGCCCACUGACUUGGAGAAGAAGAUUGCUUACACUCAAGGUGAGUACUUUGCUAAGACUGUGGCUAGAUUGAAGUAG